AUUUUUUCCUCCUUUUUUUAUUUUUUGGUGGAAAAUCAGUAAUUUCUUUCUUUUUUUUUUUUUGGUGAACUAAAUCCGUAAUUUCUUGAUCAAAAUAUAAAAAGGAAGAAAUAAAAUUGCCGCUUUCAACCAUUAUUACUGUGUCAAGUCUGCAAAAGUCUUGAAUGCAUUUCAGAAUUAGGGAGGUCUCGUCAGUUUCCUGAUCGAAGGGCAAAUGUCCAUGGCCUAGGGCUCGAUAAGGGCCUUCAUCUUUGUUGCUCAGAGACUUUCACUGAAAAGAAAUCAAACUAAAGUUUACUGAUUCUUCGCCAUGGACAUGAGGCUUCCGCUCGUACUCUUUUACUUCAUAGCUCAUCUUCUCCUAACUUCCUCAGCUUCAGGAGAUGUGAAACCUUUUGAGUCGGUCCCUGAUCUGGAAAACGCAAUGUACAUGAACGUUGAUGGCUACCCAUGUGUACGGCUGCUGAACCUUUCGGGGGAGAUUGGAUGUUCAAAUCCUGGUCAUGCAAAGGUUGCUGCGCCGGUUGUCAGAUUCAAGAAUGUAAAUGAAUUGGCUGUACCAUCUGCCAUACUUGUUUCCAUGGAUGAGUUUGAGAAUUUAUUUACAAGAAUAUCAAAAGAUUCUAAAUUUGCUGGCCUUGUGGCUGGUGUAUUGGUAGAAUCAGGAACUCCAGAUCUGAAGGGAUUUUCUCCAGAUAGGAAGUUUCCGGAGGCUGAGUUUGCUCCUUACUCAAGCAACAAUUUUGAGUGGAAUCCAACUGGAUCUGGAAUUAUGUGGAAUGCUUAUAAUUUUCCAGUGUUCUUGCUGUCAGAGAAUAGCUCAUUAGCUUUGCAGGAGGUCGCUAUGAAAAAUGAAAAAAGAAGCAAGUCAUCAUACACAGCAAAUGUGGCUGAAUUUGGUCUGGUAAUGCAGACUACAAAAGCUGGCACUCAUGAUUCAGAAUCUUGUUUGAGAGAGAAUACUUGUCUACCGCUGGGUGGAUACAGUGUCUGGUCAUCACUCCAACCAUUCAAUUCUUCAUCUUCCGUGAAGUCAAAGCCAAUCAUUUUGGCCAUUGCAUCCAUGGAUGCUGCUUCUUUUUUCCGUGACACAAGCUUUGGGGCAGAAUCACCUAUAUCUGGAUUCAUUGCCUUGCUGGCUGCUGUUGAUGCUCUUUCACGUGUUGAUGGUCUGCAUCUCCUUAGUAAACAGAUUGUGUUUAUGGUUUUCACUGGAGAAGCUUGGGGCUUUAUUGGUAGCCGGAGAUUUCUUCUUGAGCUUGAUCUUCAUUCAGAUGCUGUUAAUGGCCUUGACUUAUCAUUGAUAGACAUGGUUGUGGAAAUUGGAUCUGUUGGAAAGAGUGCUGGUCAAGGUGUCAAAACAUUUUUUGCACAUACAACUGGGGCUGCCUCUACUUCUACUGAUGCGUGGGAUGCAUUACAACAUGCUCAGAUUUCCCUAAAAACUGAAAAUAUAAAAAUAUCCAAGGCCAGUAAGUCGAAUCCAGGGAUACCUCCAUCCUCGUUGAUGAUGUUCCUCAGGAAGAAUCCACAGUUAUCUGGAAUUGUUGUAGAGGACUUUGAUUCUGCGUUUGCCAACAAAUUCUACCAUAGUCACCUGGACAAUAUAUCGAACAUAAACAGGUCAGCAGUGGUCGCUGCUGCUUCACUUGUCGCCAGAAGCUUAUAUAUUUUUGCGAGAGAAAAGGAGGAAAUAAAUGACACUGGCCUAUACAGUAUUACUGUGAAUGCCUCUUUAGUUGAUGAACUACUUGGUUGCCUAUUGAAAUGUGAGCCGGGCUUUUCAUGUGAGCUUGUCAAGCGCUAUAUAUCACCCUCCACAGCCUGCCCAAGCCAUUAUGUGGGGGUCAUGCAGGGAGAACCAUCAUCAUCCCCUUAUCUUGAGUAUGUGGGGGAUGUUUCAAGGUUUGUGUGGAAUUUCCUGGCAGAAAAAACAUCUAUGCCAUCUAAAAAUUCCAGUUCUACUUGCCCAAAAGAUUGCAGUGGCACUGGUGAAGUUUGCAUUCGGGUGGAGACCGAUGGUAAAGGUGUUUGUGUAAUGUCCUCCACCAGGUAUGUGCCGGCUUAUUCUACAAGAUUGAAGUUUGAGGAGGAUAGUUGGAAGCUGUUACCGAACAACUCCGAUGUAACUGGAGCAGCUGAUCCUGUAUGGACCGAGAGCAACUGGGAUACGAUUACACUUCGCGUAUACACAACUCAGGAUUCUGCUUAUGAUCGUUUAAUCUUGAUGUUGGGCAUCAUCGUUACUCUCAUGGCUUACGUGGCAAUAUUGGUUACCAGAUCCUUCAUUCGGAAAGCACUGAAACGGGAAUAAAAUAAGUUGGCCCUUCAUAGGGAGGUUAUGUGGAGGGUCUCUGCUGGCUCUGGUAUUUUCUGGGGAAUUAUGUUAGACCUCUGAAUUUGGGUCAUACUUUUAAUAGCUAUGACAACAUCUAAUACACGAAAGUUAAGGUAGGUUAUUUGCUUGGAUGUGGCUAUUUUUUUGGGGUUUGAGCUACAUCCCCUUUGAUCCUUUACCGAAUUGUAAAGAGAGUACAUUGUUUUGCUUAUUAUUGUUACACUUACUACUACAAGUAGGAUAAACAUUUUGGGAAGGAAGUAGGGACUACGAUUGGCUAAUUUCAUUGAAAUUUAUUCGGAAAUGUAGAGUUAAAAUUGAUUCUGAAAGUCAGCUUUUACUAUUUUAGACUUGUUAUUCUUAAAAUGUUAAGAUAUAUUUUUGGUUGCGUAAGAAAAAUAAAUCAACAUUUUGCUUGCUU